AUGGAAUUCUGAACUUAGCGUUUAGUGUUGAUGAUAGAGGAUUGGUUCACAACUAUCCUAGCUUUAGUCGCGAAUUUGUUGAUCGGAUGAAUUACAUUAUCACGACUUCGAUGGAUCUAAAAAACGGUGGAGAUGUGAUCGUUGUUUCUGGCAAUGUGCAGCUUGAGACUUCUGCAAUGAUAUUCACUUGA